CACAACCAGAGUGGUAAUAGUGUCAAGGCAGAAAGACCGUACCGCUACCCAGCGCCUCAACUCUCGUCUUUGUACCGGAUUCUGCUGUCGCCGACUUUUCAAUCUGUCUACCGAUCUGAAGGCUGUAAAUGCUGUCAUCACUUCUGCAUCCACCUACUCCUCUUGUGUAAUCUUGUGUGAUCUCAAGGCAUGGAUGUCACGGUGCGCCUUGGCAGGAUAAAAUAUUGUAAUCCGAAUUGAGUAGGCUACAGUCUGCGAGGAUUUAGCGCUGGUUUACACAAUCAACUAACUUGACAUUCAAGUUAAAGUGUAGCCUAGUGCAAUUAAGCUGUGAAAAGUGGAAACCGACCUGACCGUAACUGCAACGGAUAUGUUUUGACUGGUGAGGGUCCGAUUUCGGAAUGAAGGCGGCUGUACUGACAGGGAGACGGCGGCCCUUCCAGCGGUUCUGCUGCUGUGGAGUUGGGCUUCUCGCGGUCAUUUGGCUCGCACAGGUCGCGCACGUGACAGAGCCGGAGUCGUCUGGGUCUCAGCCAGAAGAGGGGGGUGUUCCAGUUCGUUCCAGACGCAGGCUGAUGCAGGAGGAGUGGACAGAAGACAACCAGACACUGGACCUUCCUAGACCAGCCAUCCAUGAGUUUCCAGAAGACAUCUUCACCAAGGAGGAGCUGAAAGGAGGAGCAGUGCUGUUACAUGUGCUGUGUGCUAUCUACAUGUUCUAUGCUCUUGCUAUUGUCUGUGAUGACUACUUUGUCCCUUCCCUGGAGAAAAUAUCAGAGAACCUGCAGCUCAGUGAGGAUGUGGCAGGGGCAACCUUCAUGGCUGCAGGAAGCUCAGCACCAGAGCUCUUCACGUCUCUCAUUGGUGUGUUCAUCACUAAAGGAGACGUGGGGGUCGGCACCAUCGUGGGCUCAGCGGUCUUCAACAUCCUGAUCAUCAUUGGUGUUUGUGGCAUCUUUGCGGGCCAGACGGUGGUUCUGACGUGGUGGUCUCUGUUCAGGGACUCCACCUACUACAUCUUCUCUGUGCUGGCUCUCAUCCUGGUUAUAUACGAUGCAAAAGUUGUCUGGUGGGAGGCCGUGCUCCUAAUGACCAUGUAUGGAGUUUACAUUCUUAUCAUGAAGUUCAACUCCCAGAUCAGGGGAUGUGUGCAACGUCGGUUUGGGGGCCCGGGUCAGUGCUGCCUUGUCAGUGAGGGACUCAGAGACGAGGAGAUGGCAGAGGACGGACUCACCUGUAACACCAACAUGGUGCUGCUCAGGAAAGGACAACCCCAGGGUCAGGAGUCUCCUCCGGUGGUGAUGGUGGACGAGCUCCUGAUCCUCAACCCCCACCAGCUGUCCUUCUCCGAGGCCGGCCUGCGCAUAAUGAUCAGCCCCCACUUCUCCCCUCGCACCAGGCUCACCAUGGCAGGCCGUGUGCUCAUCAGUGAGAGACAGAGGCUGAUCAGGAGUCCCAACAGCCAACUGGACGGGGAGGCCAGCCCAGCGGCAGGGGGCACCCCUCUGAAGGGGUUGGGCUCUGGAGGUCUGGAGAAUGGGGGCAGUGUGGAGAAGCAGACCCCUGACGGGGCCAGGGUAGGAGAUGCAGGGGGGGAGAAGCCAGGAGCGGAGGGCUGUCAUGCUGAGGAAGAGGAGGAUGAUGAUGAUGGGCCAUUCAGGCCUCUGCAUUGGCCAGGGGGUUGCUGUGCGCGGGUCAAGUGGCUGAUCUCGUGGCCCCUGGGCCUGCUGCUGUACUGCACUGUGCCUAACUGUGUGUACCCACGCUGGCACCGCUGGUUCAUGGUCACCUUCGUGGCCUCCACCCUGUGGAUAGCCAUCUUCUCUUACCUCAUGGUGUGGAUGGUCACCAUCAUCAGCUACACACUAGACAUCCCAGACUACAUCAUGGGCAUCACCUUCCUGGCAGCGGGCACCAGUGUGCCAGACUGCAUGGCCAGCCUCAUUGUAGCUCGGCAAGGUAUGGGGGACAUGGCGGUGUCUAACUCCAUUGGCAGUAAUAUCUUUGACAUCCUGUUGGGGCUGGGUUUUCCCUGGGCUCUGCGCACUCUGGUGGUGGACAACGGAUCAUUGGUUUACAUCAAUAACAAGGGCCUGGUGUAUUCUGUCGUCCUGCUGCUGGCCUCUGUCUUCCUCACAGUCAUGAGUGUCCAUCUGAACCACUGGAAGCUGGACCGCCGUCUGGGCCUGGGGCUGAUAUUACUCUAUGCCAUCUUCCUGCUCUGCUCCAUCUUCUUUGGGCAGAUGUGAGGCUGACGCUGGGGUCGAAGGUCAACCCUGAUUUGCCUUCCUGUCAGCUGCCACGUCCAGGAGUCCUCUGUCUCCCUGACAUACUCUGUCCUAAAGCCAAAAAAACCCAGCCUCAGCUACAUUGUGCUACAGUUAACAUGUGAUGUUCCACAAACAGGAUAUCCUUGGGUGACAUUGUACACAAAUACACACACACGUUUUACUAUCCUUGUGGGGACCUACAAUUUUCCCUAACCCUAAAUAGCCUAUGUCCACAAGGGAGAAUUUUCCUUGUGGGGAUUUCCGGAUAGUUAGUUAGUUAGUCAGUCAGUCUCUCACACACACACACGCACACGCACACGCACGCACACACACACACAAGUUGUGUUCUUCUAUCCUUGUGGGGACCUAAAAUACAUUUCCAUUCAAAACACUAUUUUCCCUAACUCCUAACCAUAAACCACCAACCCCUUACCCUAAUUCCAACCUUAAUUGUAACCCUAACCAUAAAUCCUAAACGAGGGACAAUUUUCCUUGUUUCACUUGUGGUGACUCUUGGGGAUUUUAAGGUCCCCUCAAGGAUAGAAGAACCUACACACACACACACACACACACACACACACACACACACACACACACACACACACACACACACA